UCAAAUCAUGUCAUUGAUUCUAGUGCUGCCACCGGGGGACAAACACAAAAGUCCUAUGGAAUCACUUCCCCGAUAUCUUUGGCUGAGCCGAAGUCCAAUGUAAGUUAAAACCACUUUUCUUAGUUAACACUUGAAUUCUUCUUUGAUGCUUGCACGCCUGCCAGCUUGGUCAAACACAGCUUGUUCUUCCAUAUCUUUGUGCCUAGGAUCGGAGUCAGGUUACUUGGCGUACAGUGUCCUUUUUACACCUAAACCUUACACUGCACUGCAAUCUAAUAAGCGGGUUAUUUUAAACGAAGCUACCAGGUAGUAAACAGUGAUGGACUUUUAUUGUUUAUUAUUGUUCAGUGAAAAUUUAAACGAAUCUUUGGUCAGGUCCGGCCAUAAUCAUCCACAGCCUCAACUACAAACAAAUCCUUAGAUCUGGCACUUAGGAUUGAAUUUUGGUGGUUCAAGUAUUUAUGGUGGAUACACUGUAAUUAAAGAGAUCACAUAAUUAUUAUCACAUAAUAUUAUGUCUUCAGCACCUAAGAGGGUAUUAUCAUUUCUAGUUAAAAAGACAAAAAUGCUGUGAGAUAACCUGGGGCUAGUUAAAAAAACACCCUUUCUUAACAGUUAGCCUGUAAAAAAGACUGUCAUUAAGGCUGGGGACUAGGGAUUUCCCCUGGCUAUUGUGAAUGUGAUCCCUGGCUACGUUCAUAACAAGAUACAGUGUAUCAAAAAUACAACCAAAAGAAAUUCCUAGCUGUUUGAUUUCCUGCCUAUCAUUUUAUUAACCCAACAACUUGAAAUGCAGGUGGUGUUUGCCGACUAAGAGAAAUUUGUCUUUAAUUGACCUUUUAAAUUAGAGUUAACACAACCACAACUGCAAUUACAGUAGUAAAAAUUUUAUUUGUAGAAAGUGAAUUUUUGUUCUUUCAGUGGGCUUGAUAAAAACUUGAAUUCCAGCUUUUCCUUUGGACAAGCAUCCGGCUCUUGCAUUUUGCUUGCCCAGGGCCAUUGCUGGCAGGCUUGUCUCAGUAAAUGAUUUAGUUACAAGGGCAAGUGAGCUUAAAAGUUACUCGCCCAGCAUGAAAAUCGACUUUUGUCUGCAGCCUCCAUAAAAGAUAUUAUUAAUUAUUUACUACAUGUAAAUCUGUUAGUUAGAAUACGUACUGAAAUUGGUGAAUUGAGCAGGUUGUAUUUCUCUGAACAGACCAAUAAAUUGAAAUGUUGUUUAGACAGCAACUUGUAACACCAUUUGUUUCAUGUUAUUUUGGACCAUUAAGAUUCUCAAAAGUAGCCUGCUGCCGGCGAAAACCGCCGCCUACUUGAUUAGUAUCGGCUGGCUAUUCUCCUUACCAUUUCUUUAUGGAUGACCUUUUUUGAAUAAAAUAUCCCUGGACUGGCCGCUUACUUUUGACAACUCUGCCAUCUACUUCAAAACUUUCUGACAACUGUGAUUAUGAGUAUGUUUCGUGUAAAAUAAAUUAAUGUUUCAACAACUCAAAGCCUUGAUUCUAAAAGCUGUUACAAAAUCUCUGGCUUUAGGAUUUUACUAAGCAUUGAUUAUCAAUAAUUUUGUCCAUUCCCACUUGGGCUGUCAAUCUACAUGUAGGUGGUUAUAAAAUUGACCAAGGGUAUCCUGCUUCCCCACCAAUAUGGAUGUUGUAGUUAAUUUUUUAUCUCAGUUAGUUUUUAUUUUUCCUUUGUUUUUGGCUAUGGUAAUGUGUGCUAAUGAAUUUGAAACAAAGGAAAAAUAAAAAUUACCUGUGAUAAAAAUUAACUACCACAGGGACUUUGAGAUCUAACAACAUGACAGCGAGAUGUCAAUUUGCAUUCUUUCAGUCUUUAUCAUGAUUACUGCUACCCACUUACUUUGUAAAAGGUAGGCGAACCCUCUGAGAUCCAAGUUCAGAAAGAGAAAUAAAAUUUCGUCAUUGCUCAUUUACUUUCUCCAUAAAAUGAGAAAUUAGGAAUUUUCAUGUGGCAGUUGUGCAAAAACGGCAAAGAAAUAAUUUACAAAAAAGUGUGCUGCACGUGCAAAGGUGUUGUUUUGCUCAUUAAACCUAUUGUUUUUUUUUUUUUGACGUUCUCGUUACUGUCGCGUCGUUGAAUCUUUAAGUCCCUAAUGUCUCUGGACUCUGGUUUCUUAGUAGAGGUUAGCUUCUUCAGUUGAUACAUGUAGGAGACUGCUUACAGAGGUUAACUGUAGUUAUACCGAAAUAUUAUGCAUACACUGUACAAGAUUUAUUUAUAUUUAUCAUGUGAUGAUAAUUCUCUUAGGACAUUGCACUCACUAAGGCCCUUGAGGAAACUCUCAAACCUUAUGGAGUGUUUGAAAGUGAGGAAGAGCUCCAACACAGGUAAUUAAGCUACUAAAAAUGGUGUACAAUUUUUCAUUUACACCCUCAGGGCAGUUUAUACACUGUAGAUUUGUUUUCUCUCUUUUCUCAACAGGAUGGUUGUUCUUGCAAAACUGAAUACUUUGGUUAAACAAUGGAUCAUAGAUAUAAGUUUGUCAAAGGUAUCUUGGAACUCAUGGAUUUUAUUUGAUGACCAGUUACAAGAUGAAUACAAAAAAUGCAUGUAUAGUAUAUGAAACAACCUGUGUUUUCAUUAUUUUGUGUAGAACAUGCCCGAGUCAGUUGCAAACUUAGUUGGUGGAAAGAUCUUCACAUUUGGUUCUUACAGGCUUGGUGUGCAUACCAAAGGUAAAAUUUAGAAUGAUAAUUUUAUUAUUUACUGCUGUCCGAUGAUACUGUACAUGUAAUCAGAUAUAUACACGUGUAGAACAAAAAUAUUAGUCUAAAUGUCGGGGUACAGGAUGUCAUUACGUAAAGCAGAAUCUUGAUUUUUCAAAUCUCCUGAUACCUGCAAUUCAAACCAAAAGUAAAUUUACUGUUGAAGUGUAAUGUUAUUCUUCAGGAGGCUUGGAAAAUUGUGAUUGUUGUACUUAUUUUAAAUUACAUGUACUUUGUGUAUAAGACUUCAAGAGUUUCAAGGCUCUGCUCCAGGGAAAACGAAGGGGAGCCUAGUGCUCUGAACCUGUAAAAUCUAGGGUGCCCAGCAUAUGAUUUCUGUAAAAAACCUGAGAUUUUCUAGUUGCCCAAGAGCAAAAGUUAGGUGCCAGGGGCCACUGGACUCUGCCAGAGUACAGCCCUGCAUUUAUAAUGUAUUCCCGUCCUUGGAAACAGCAGUUUUGAUCUUAAGAAGGCUCAGAAAUUAUUAGAGUUUUGACAUAAUUCAAGUGGAAUUAUUUUCUACAGAUCUUCAUAAGUAUACUAUGUGAUUGCAUAUGAUUAUUAAUAACACCAUCUUUUAUGAAUUUUAUCCAGGUGCUGAUAUUGACACACUCCUUGUUGCUCCUCGUCAUGUUGAGCGAACUGACUUCUUUGGAACUUUUUAUGAGAUUCUCAAGAACAAUGAGGAUGUAAAGGAAUUAAGGGUAAAUUUUUGCAGUAAAUAUGGGUCACCUUUACUUUCUUAUAAAACCUGAUCAGAGCUUUUUCCUCUAUUUCCCGAGUAGUCAUUUACACAGAGUAGGACGUUUACUGUGUAAAGGUUGCUAUCAAGGGAAGGUGCUUGCUUGAAAGUGGUUGACUGCAUCACACUGUUCCAAAGUUAUUUAUAAUUUAUGGAUCAUUCUGUUGAGAAAAUACAAUUCUUGUGCAGCUAGCUCCUUUCACACUUUUUAUGCUUCCCUGUAUUAUAGUACAAUGCCUCUUUUCAUUUAUUCAUGUUUAGUUCUUUCUUUCCUUUGACUUUUUUUAUAGGCAGUUGAAAAUGCUUUUGUUCCUGUCAUCAAAAUGGUAUUUUGCAAUAUUGAGGUUAGUGACCAUUUUUUCCAUCACCAUAAUUUAUCUUAAAGUAUACGGUCCCUUCAAAGAUAGCCCACAGCGCCAAAAACCUUGUUCUGGGCCCUGUCUGGUGUACCAGCAUUUGAGUACAUUUAUGUCUGCCAUAAUUGGCCUGUUAACAAAGCCAUUUUCAAUUUACCAAUCAGGUUGAAGGGAGCUUCAAGACACAUUUCUGGUGAUUCAUUUAAGCUGUUGGGGCUCAAAAGAAGGGUUGAGGUUACUAACUGAGGAUAGAUUACGUCUUUCAUGCUGGCUACUUCAAUGAGGAUACCCAUUCUCCUUACAAAACAAAAACAUGCCAUUGUAUUUUGUCAUGGGUCAUUCUCCUGGCCUUCAAAGUCUAUCUGAUCCAGUAUAAAUUGUCAUCAUUUUUUGACUCAAUUUUAUAGAUGGACUUGCUGUUUGCCCGACUAGCCCUCCCUGAGGUCCCAGAUGAUCUGAGUCUUCUUGAUGAGGGUCUUUUGAAAAACCUGGACCCAAAGUGUGUUAGAAGUUUAAAUGGUAAGUGUUAUGGAAAAAUAAUUUAUCAUUGAAUAAUGGAGACAGCCUUGACUGCUGUUAGUAUUUUUAGUUGUGGAGGUACAUUGUGCCAUUUUAUCUUUGGUAUGACCAUAAAUGUUUUUGUAUUUUGCAGGUUGUCGUGUCACAGAUGAAAUUCUACACUUAGUACCCAACAUAGAAAACUUUCGACUUACAUUAAGGGCAGUCAAAUUAUGGGCAAAAAGUAGGUUCUCAUUAUUAUUAACUUGUCAGUUUUAUGACUAGAGGAUGUAACUUCUUCCCGGUUAAUAGAAUGCAGGGUUACAAGAGCAGCAACAAGUAAAUUUAUUCCAACUGAGGGUAUUCUUCAUGGCUGUAAAGCUCUCUAGCAACUCUCCACACUGGCUUUUGCAGCUGUAUUGCAAACACAGGCUCUGGCAGCUUGAAUAAACAUGACCUCCAUGACACUUAUACUGAGCUCCUGAAAAAAUACCAGUAGCUAAACUCUUUGGCUCCCUCUUGCCUGCUUAAACUCUUUUUGAGAUAAAAUUCUAUAACCUUUCCAAAUAGUUUAAUAACAUACAUGUAAGCUCUUGUAAGCGGACACCCUUGGGAUGCAAAAAUGGUGUCCGUAACUGCAGCCGGCUGCUUACGAGAAUAAACAAAAAUGCAGAGUUUGUAAUAAUGAGAAUCAAGAAAAACAGGGUUUUGUGAUGGUGUCCACAGGUUUAGCUGCCUGCCUACAAGUGUGUCCAUUAGGAGAGCUUCUACUGUAGUUGCAUCGUUGUAAAUAAUGAAGAAGGUCUUAAAUGAAGAAUAUAUGAGAAACCUUUUAGAUGAUACUUGUACAUUAUGUUAUGCAAGUCCCAAAAAACAGUAAAAUGUCAUUUUCAUGUAAGAGUACAUGUACAUUCUUUUGGAUCAAUAGAUAUGUUGUUAUUGUCACAUAUUAAUAGUAACACAUUUGUAUUUGUGAUCAGAACGUGGAAUCUAUUCCAAUGUUUUGGGUUUCUUGGGUGGUGUGUCAUGGGCCAUGUUAGUGGCUCGUACAUGCCAGCUGUAUCCAAAGGCAGUGGCAGCUACGCUUCUCCAAAAGUUUUUUCUUGUGUUUUCAAAAUGGUAAGUACAAAGUUGUGUUUGAGGAAAUUACUAACAUUUUUUGGUUCCCUUUUAAAGGGUUGGGUAAUGUAAUGUAAUAAAUACAACAAUGUAUGUUAUCACCAGAGAUCGUACACAACCACACAGUAUUAAUUUUGCUGUGGUGUCUCGUGAGACAACGUAAAAAUACAUCAUUGGCACUAAUUGCCAUGAAAAUUCUCUGUUUCUCACAGACCAUUGUCAAAAUCAGCAUGUUAGGUAUCUUCUCAGACAAAAGAUCCCAAAAAGAAACACAUUUAAGUUUUGGCAGAGGAUUUAUUGUGUGCAAUUAUGUCAAACCUGUCUUGAAAGUUCUUCAAAACGCGCAAACAUAUAGUCUGAACAAUGUGGUGUAACACAUAGACAGACUAAAUGAUCAUACUACCUGCUACAGGUAGCUGCAUAGUCAUUGAGGAUAAAUAAUCAUAAUUUUGUAGGCUCUGAAUUUUAGGUAAGACUUUCCAUUGAACAAAAAAGAUUUUGGUUUGAAAUUUCCAAGCAAAGAUCCGGAGACAUUUAAGAAAUUUUCUUCAUAUAGUCUGAGUGGUGUAACACAUAAGGGGAACAAAGGGCACUUUCCAUUGAACAAAAAUUUUGGUUUGAAAUUUCUGAAAUUUCGUGUGCCCAAUGGAACGGUACAUUCUGGUUGCACAAUUUUGUUAUUUUAGGAGCUAAACUGUAAGUGAUCCCUGGAAAAAAAGUUUAUUUUGUUCCUUGGUAAAUAAUUUAUAUGGUGUGUUAAUUUUGGUUGUGUUAACAGGGAGUGGCCAAAUCCUGUUCUCUUGAAAAACAUCCCCAUACCUUCAGAAAAACUGAAUUUUCCAGUCUGGGAUCCUAGGGUAAGCAGGUUUUAAUCAACUGUCAGUUUUAGACUAGCAAACUGUUGUUAAAAUUCGUUUUACAUUGAUGUACAUGUGAAGAUAUCAAUUAGUUGCAUUGUUUAAUUAGGUUAUACAGAUAACAAGAAGGGGGUUAAAAAGUCAGGUUUGGAAAUCAGACAUGAAACAACCUUUCAAGUGCCUGAUAUACCUUCUUAAAUGAUGAUUAUUUUUUUCUCUUGAAGAAAUCUAAAGCUUAAGUUCGUAGAAUUUUAUUGUAAUCACUUCAUAGCCAAUAUCCUAACCUCUUUGAAUGUAGUCAUUAAUAUUAAAAUGACUUUGAGAACACUCCAUCAUGCAUGUUACUGACAAAUAGAAAGAAUUUAUUGAAAAUAAUUAUAAUGACAAAUACUUACUUCCUGACAAAUAAAAAGAAUUUACUCAAACUAAUUAUAAUGUGAGUCAUUGAAGAACUACUCUUUUUUUUUUGACAGAGUAAUCCUUCAGACCGUUAUCACUUGAUGCCCAUCAUAACACCUGCUUAUCCUCAGCAGAACUCAACAUUCAAUGUGUCAUUUUCAACAAGAACUUUAAUGAAAGAAGAAUUUGAUAUUGGUUAGUGAAAAUUAUGUAUUUUGAUAACUCAUGACAGUCAACCUUUUUUCCCAUUUUGUUAGUUGAUUUUAUGACAAGGUCACGACCAUUUCAGUGCAAAGCGGCAAAACCAUGAACACUUAAAAUACUUCAGGAAUGUUUAUUGUGUUAUGGCCAAUCACAGCAAAGAUCAUGACAUGUGAACUACAGUCUCAGCCAAAAUUGUUGGGACACUUCACUGUCUUCUUGCCCUCCCAAUGUUGCUGUGCAAGAUUUGGUCAGUGUAAGUCUGCCAUAUUGCACGCAAAUUAAACAAAAAAUAAAUGCACAAAUGCAUGAGAAAAUACAAGCAAAUUUUCGGAAACUGAGUUUAAAAUUUUACACCUAGACUGUGUGUAUUUGAUAACUUUUUUCUUUGGCUGAAAUUUGUGAACAUUGAACCAAGAUCUCUCACCCUCAAUCCGUACUUUGAACAUCCAUCAUAUUUUGGGGAAAAAUAGAAUGAUCAUUUGUUUCACUUAGUCAGCUACAAAAAUUAGGGUGGAUUCAGUUUCACAUUGUAGAUUGCAGUUUAAUAAUUUGAGCCUCUUUUAAAAUUUUGUGAUGCUCUUUGUUACACGAUUCAAACUACGAUGUAGAAUGAUUCGCUGUGCUUUUUGAAAUGUUUCUGAUGUUUUCAAACAUUUUCAAGGACAGGUGAUGUAUGGUGUGUCAUGUAUUCUUGCUUGUCAUGUAUUUUGCUUGUAAAUCUGCCAUAUUGCAUGCAAUUAACACACACGUAAAUGCUGAAAUUCCCAUGCAAGACUGUUCUGAAAGGAAAAUUGAAGGGAGCCCAGUGCUCUGAACCUGUGAAAUCCAGGGUGCCCAGCAUAUGAUUUGUAUGAAAAAAACAUAUUUUUCUAGUCAACAGAGAGCAAAAGUUGGGCACCACAGGCCACUGGGUUCUGCUAGAGAACAGCCCAGCCCAUGGCCUGCACUGUAGAUAGCAAUGAGAGAAAAGCAAGGUGUUUGUCCAAUACAUGUAAAUAAUUAUUUGAUAGAAAUUCAAAAUAAUAGUUCUCCUAUAUUAAUUUAAUUGUCAAACAAUAAUUUACAGUAUUUUAGGGCUAACGUUCGAUGUUUAUUGGCUUUUGAUAGUUGACAUGGGAGUUUGUCACCAAUCAACUUUCUACCAGUGAAAUUUUAAGUUCAGCUUGCAAAUGUCAAUAUACUCUGACAGUGGUAACUUUUUUUGCAGGCCUUAAAGUUACAAGUGAUGCAUUGAUUGGCAAGUCCAACUGGGAUGCACUUUUUCAACAACCCAACUUCUUUAGCAAAUACAAGUACAUAAUAUUUCCUUGUCUAAUUGUGUGUCUUAAUCUAGCCUCAAGCCCUCCUUCCCUUGGCUUGAAUGAUUUUCAUCAUCUAAAUGUAUAUCUUGUACUUGCUAUUGCAAUAAAGAAUCUCUGCUUUGUUACUGUGGUGUGUUUGAUAAUCUGUUCUUUCCACACAACUAUUUCUGAAUUAAUGGUAAAGAGACACUAUUCCUGUUCUAUGAGUAGGUGUUCUAAAUCUGUAGGGUUUCCUUAGCAACAUUCCCAAAACUGAGUUUUGCUUUCAUUUGCUGUGAACUACAGGCUUUCAGGGCAAAGUUAUAAUGUGCUCUCAGUGGGUUCUUGUCUAAAUCUGUUACAUUUCAAAGUUUCAUUCCUUUCAUAACAUUAUUGUCAUGUUUCCAUUUUCUAACACAUCUUGUGUGUCAAAUUCAUUUACAGCAAGGAGCCCAAAAGUGUGACCUCCUUUAAUUAAAUCACAUUCUUUUAUGCAGACAUUAACCAAUCAGAAGUCGAGGACAGUUUCCAGCUGGCUUCUGAUUGGAUUAAAUCUCUACAAAAGAAUGUGAAUAAAUCAAAAGCGGUCACAUUUUUGGGUUCGUUGCUGUAAACUUCAUGUGUUAUUGUAAGUUUUCAUCAAUGAUAUCUGUCAAUUUGCAUUCAAGAACAAAAUAUUCGAUAUUGUUUCCUGUCUUUCACAGCUGCAGUUUAACAACCCCAAAAAAGCUGUGAAAAACAAAUUUUCUGAAGUGCAUUUGAGUGUGUUGUAUUGUGGAUUGCCAGUUAGAGCUGUAUGCACGCUGGCAGGUCAUUUAUGGCUGGUGAAUUCUGUUCUUCACAUUUCAGACACUAUAUUGUGUUAAGUGCCUUAUCAAACUGUGAAGAGGAUCAUUUAGAAUGGUGAGUUGAGUUGAACUGGUACUUGUUUGUGCAUUUAAGUUUUACAGUGUAGUUUGGUCUACAAACUUGAAACCCAAGAAGCCAGGUGGGAGUAUGUCCAUCAAUAACGAAACAAAAAAUUCAGUACUAGAAGUGUUACAGUGUGACAAUAGGGGCAUUAAUAUUUUAAACCACAGAAAAACUGGGUCUGGACCAGUCAAAAAAGUGGUGUGGUACCAACAACAUUUGUUAAGAGAUACUGGAGUUUUUACAGGGCCAUAGGUGCCUAUAUGACCUUUACUCCACCACUUUGUUUACUAGUUCAGAGCCAGUUUUUCAGUAUUGUUUUAUGAGAUAGAGCAUUGCUGGGAGAAAACCAAUAAUUAACUCCUCAAAUUUUAUUUUUUCUUCCCCAUUCAUAAAAAUUUUCAAAAGUGUUGUAAAUGCAUCCAGGUUCCACUCGUCCCCACCAAAAAUGCAUUUCAGACCCAGUUACCCUAAAAUACUGACCAAAAAUUUCUCACUCUCUCCCCCCCCUCACCCAUCCUGCCCUUCCCCACAAAUUAUCCGUCUUGGGCUAAAAAAUGCGCUUGACCUCAUGCUACUCAUGAUGUUAUAUCUCUAAACCCAAGUCUUUCAAGCAACCAAAAUUAUUCGCAAUUUUCCUCUUACGGUAUCAAUAUAUAACUAAGACAGAAAAGGUUGAUGAUCAACUGAAUAAAAAUGCUUUGAUCUUUAAAGAAAUUCUCUCUAAUAAUUCUUCAAGGAAAUGCACGGAGAUCAGUCAAGAGAAUCUGUACAUUAAAACACGAGAGGAAUAAGUGAACAGUGACUGAGGAGAAGAGUCUGUGACUUAUUAUUGAGUCCCUCUUAAGGGGGAUACGUAUGUCCCAAGUCUAAACUUCAAAACUGGCAAUUUCGCCUUUUGAGGAGGAGGCCAUGUCGCUGUCUGCAUUUCACUAUUGGCCAUUUUGAAGUUGUGUAGGGAACUCGGGCAAGUUUCAAAUUUAAACGAAUCGAUAAACUGACACGACCAUAUAAAAGGUCAUGCUGAGAUUGGUCAUUUGACCAAGUUUGGUGCUCUAAGGUUGAACAGGGAUCAAGUUAUGACUCUUGAAACAUGGUUAAAGAGCCAUACAAACCUCUGUAAUUUUGUGACAGCGUCCCCCAAAACCAUAUUCACGAUUUCUGUGAUAUUUCUAAAAAUGGGCAAACACAUGAUUUUUGAAUUAGUUCCUUCCAAGUAGUAGAUGCAUGACGAGUAUCACAGUUUAAAAGAAAAACUAUCUUUAACCAUGUUUCAAGAGUCAUAACUUGCUCCCUGUUCAACUUUAGGGCACCAAACUUGAUCAAAUGACUAAUCUCAACAUGACCUUUUUUAUGAUGGUGUCAGUUUAUCGAUUAGUUGAAAUUUGAAACUCUCCCCAGUUCCCUACGUAACUCCGAAAUGGCUAAUUGUUUUUGCGCUUUUCUCUGUUGCUGUUGCUGUUUCAACCCAUCUUCAUGUCAUGUGUCGCCAUUUCAUCUGUCCUAUGUCCCUGUUUCAACGCCAUGUCGCUUGUCGAAUUUUACCCUAAACAGGGCCUCAUUGUUAAAACCUUUGGGAAAACACUUGGGGUCAGGUGGCACACCCCCUUUACAUCCCAGGGUGAAAGAAAGUUGAGCUCAGUGUAUUUUUCUUUCAGGAUUGGUUUAGUUGAGUCAAAAAUCAGAAUUCUGGUAUCAAACCUGGAGAACGCUCAAUAUGUCCUGUUGGCUCAUGUUCAACCAAAGUCAUUUCCUGCACUAGUACCUGACAAGUAAGGUUUCUUUCACCGUCUUUGGUUACUUACUUUAACACAGUAAAUAGUAUUGGCUUUUGUGCCUUUACAACAACAACAACAACAACAACAAAUUUAUUUCAAAUUAAACAUAGCUUACAAAGCUUGUGCCCGUAAUUAGCGAAGGCUAUUCGAGGCUGGUACAAGAGAAAAAAGAAAAUUGUAUAACUAUAUAUAUAUGUUAAACGAACAAUCCUAGAAGCAAUCUAGUUUGUCGUGUGGUUUAUAGCCAGAGUGAGACUGGAAGGCAGACUGUAGUUCAUACGGAAGCACACCAUGUUACGAUUUUGAGAAUUGGCCUGUAAUAUCAUAAACUCUAAUAUAGUCGUCCUCUUUUUCCAGUAUUUCAAAGAGUUUUCUCUUUAGUUCCCUUUUGAAUUGAUUUUUUUUAAGUGUUUUGAUAGAAAGUGGAAUACUGUUCCAAAUUAAAGCACCAGAAAUAGAGAAUGCUCGCUUCAUAUUUUCAGUUCUAACUUGUUCAACAUAGUAAUUUUCAUUAGUAACAGAUCUAGUCCGGUAACUGUGGACAGAAGACAGUUUCGUGAACAUAUUCUUAAUGUUAUUAGGAGCGAGAUUAUUAUGGACGUUGUACAUUAAAAGGCUCAUUUGCUCAAAUAGCAAGAACGAUAUCUGCAACUGUUUUGAUUCUCUUUUGAGAUUACAGGGGCCAAAAUGGCAAUUUAAGACUUGAUGCUUAUAAACAACGGUGGUAUAAUUUGAGUCUAUGUAGUUGCUGUGGUCAUUUUGGUCUAUUCCCUGCAUGCAAAUGAGGAAUAAUAAGAGCAUUAUGUGAGCAAGUCCUUCAUGCAAUCAUUUUUCCCAUGACUGCUCACCUUUCAGGCCAGGGAAGGUGAAUUUGUACUUAAACUUUAAUUAACAAUAAUAUUAUUGCCCAAGUGCUCAUUGGAUAUGAGAUGGCAGAUAGCCAAUGAGGUGCGUUGCACCAAGUUUUUUAUAAUCAUCUCAUCCAACAAACGCAAGUGGAUUGAUAAUAUUGUUUUAUUAAAAACACCCACAAAACAUCGAGAAUUCUUCCAGAUUUUGUUUGUACAAACAACCGAUUUUCAGCUUGUUUUUUAAAUUUGAGGAGAUGCGUACAGUUACCAUAUUUGAGAGCAUGGUAUAAUGACUCAUUUACCAGGAUGACUAAGCCAAUCAGUGCUCUAGAAUUGCAUAGUUCAGUGAUUCAGUUUUUAAUAGUAUUGGUUAGCCAAGUUGACAAGAUGAGUCUAUGUUGUCGGCUUUGUUCCUAGAAGAAAGAAAUCUCUUUUCAACUUACACGAGAUGCUCUAAAAGCGUUGACUCAACCUUGCUUGGAGAUAAGAUAAGAAAUGAGGAGGCAAUUAAUUCUUAAGGAGCCUGUGUGUGGGCGUGGAAGCCAUAGGGACCAUACAUGAGGUGUAGGAGAGAAUAAAUGCUAGGUAGCCAGGUGACACAGUAACCAUUGAAUGCCUCUGGUACAUAUAUAUACAAUAGUCAGAAACUUCUUUUAAAACUGGAAAAAGAUAAUGUUACAGUUGGGUAUCUGAACUUGCGCCCAUUCGCUAACCAUUAUUAUCUGGAUAAACCUAAAAAAAAACUAUAAGAUUGCUUAAAUCUUUGUCAUUUUUUUAUGACGCUAAAUUUUAGCAAUGACUAGAAACACCACACCGGGGCCACGCUUCUUCUUCUCAGUUCUUCUUCUUCUUCUUCUUCUUCUUCUGUUGUGGCGUUUCCUUGUGCUCUAUUGUUAGCUGUCAACAACAAAAGAAUACUAAGCUACCAAAAACUAAUACUAAAAAAAUGCAAUAAUUAUGAAUCUAAAGCGAAAAUCUCCAAUGAUGUAGGCAAUUGUAAUUUCAAGAAGUCUUCCACAAUCAAAGGCAAUAUGAGGCAAAGAGACCUUGCAAAUCUAUGACACCAAGGAAACAUCAAUGAAGACAGUAUGAAAAAUAAAAACUCAUUAUAUUUCUCAAACUACUACAAAAAUAAAUAGUCUUGUUCAAUUUGUAGACUAGUAGUUUCCACUGGAAACGAAGCUCUGCAAGCAGAGUGGGUGACAGUCAAGUACAACGCUACCCGUAACACAUCCGUGACACAUAUGUGAUGAAUAUUUGAAGGUUCAGUCAUUGAUAUUUCAAGUAUUUAUCAAAGUGCAACGCGACUUCACAUCUCAACAAUUUAGAAAAUCUAUCAAAGUGAAUCUGCCAUAAAACAUCAGGACUAUUUUACUGUAGAGUUCCAGGAACUGCUUCAAAUAUUCUGAGGAAUGUAUAAACACCUAAAUUCAUGGGAAUUUAAAACCUGAUCAACAUGGCGCAUCAUUUUAAUCAUCCACAUGCUCAUCAAGAGUCUUAUUUGCAUACAAUGAAUCACUUAUCCCCAGUUUCUAUGGUCUCUGCUAGGAACGCCUGGAACCAUAAUGCCCUUUUGUAGACUAAAUAUGGAGAAAAGAAAACAGCUUGCAUUUUACAACUCUUGCUGCUACGCAUCCAGAGUAAUAAAUCCUUUAUUGACGAAUAAUGCAUGUUCAUUCAAGAUGCCUGGAUAUUUGUAUCAUUUGUUCAUAUUUGUGAAGAGAAGUUGAGAAGAGCGUGGCCAAUAUUAUUUCUAGAUUUUUAUCAAGCUUGAAAAAAAAAACUUGACUAUUUAUGUUAUGGUUAGUAACAAUACAUGAACAUCACUUAUCAACUUAACAACCCUUUAAGCCGUAGGAGUGAUCAGCAUCAAAUUUCUCCUUGUAAUAUCAAUGUUUUGUAAAACAGAGUGGUCAUGAGAAUUACGGACAUGAUCGCAAAAGAUGAAUUUGCUUGAUAUCUUAUCAACUUCUCCCCACUACUUCUGUAGGAAAUGAAUAGGGGCAACAAAUGAGAAGUCAUAUUUUGAUCUUAGGGUUUAAAGGGUUAAAUUAUAAUUAAUCCUAAAAUAUCAUUGGUGGAUUUCUUAUCAUUGUGGGAUGCUAUGUCAAGCUUGCCUUCUUUUUAAUGGUGUGUUUUCUAGGGCUGCCCCUACUACCAGGUGGUUUAUUGGGUUACAGUUUGAGAAAAAAGGUAAGGUUAUUACCAGCAUCAAUUAUUAUUUCUUUUAAAAUUAUCAAUACACGAUCAAGAGGAAAAGUUAUGAUAAUUAUUAAAAUAAUCACUAAAGGGAGAAUUCUAUGAUCUUUUGUCAAAAUAUAAUUCUCUCAACCAAUUCUGUAAGUAAAUAUAUGGAGAUUAGUUUGGAGAUGUCUUCUUUCAGGGGCAGUUAUUGCAACAUGGCAACCAGCUUUAAACUUACUUUAUACACACAAUGUUGUUGUUUCAGUAAUUAACAACUUGCAAGUCAGCCGUUCCAUUUUUUGGUCAUGUUUUAAAGUGCUUCAAAGUUACAGAAUUUUUGCUUGUGACUCAUUUUAGUAGAUAAACUGCUCUGAAAGUUUUCUUGCUUGGUUUUGCUUUGUUUUCAAAAAGUAGCAUGUGCAAAAAGAAAAAAAAAUCCACAUUCCCACUUUUAGCAUUCUUGUCAUGCAUCAGAAACAAAUGAAAUCUUUUGUUUCUCAAAACAGUGAAAGUACUGGAGCGGAUUGAAUAGUUGUUCCUUGUUACCUUUGUUCUGGUUACAGUUUUACUUUUAUUGCAUCAUGACGUGCUUUCUGAGAUCGUGCAUUGUUUUAUUAAAAAGUUUCAAAGUCAGUGUUAUAUUACUACAUACUUCAACCUCUUCAUUCAAUUAGCAGUAAUGAGUAUUGUUUGGAGAAACUUGCAUAUUUUUAUUGCUUCUCUUACCUGUGUGCUCAACCUACUUAUGAAAUGACUCCUGGCUUCAUUUUCAUAUUCCACAGAAAAUGUGAAAAUUGAUUUGACUGGAGCAAUUCAGAUGUUUACAAACACUGGUUUGUAUUUUAACAGUGCUAAAACAAUUUUUUGUUGUUUUGUUGUUGUGUUUUAUUUUUUGUUCAAAAGUUACAAACAGCAGUGGUAAACUUUGUUAACUGUCAGGCUGAACAGUUUUUAGAAACCACUUCUUCAGUUUUACCCAUUUGUGCCUUCUUUUGUAUUGGCUGUAUUAUUUCAACCUGCCUUCACUGUUUCACUGGAGUGAAUCACAGGGUCAUAAUUCCAAGCUGUAUCAGCAGAUACCUGGAUUAAGAGUUUCAUAGUCUCAUUUUUAUCUUUUAAUUUUGGCACCCUUUUUCUGCAGUUCAUAUGCAAGCUAACUCGGCGAAAAUGUUUAAGGAGGGAAUGAAAAUAGAGGCCAAACAUGUGAAAAAGUGAGUAAACUAGGGGUGCUUACCAUUUACAUGGAAAAGUCGGAAAUUCCGGUCUACAAGAAAAUUAAAUGGUUCACACGUCGUGGGAAGCCUCAGAAAAUAUGGGCUAUGAUUUGAGGUGAUGCAAGUUUUCUACUCCUUUUAGUCGGUUCAGCUGACCUGAAUAUGUUUUGUAGCAGCUCGUUCUCCCAUCACAUUGCAUUUUAUAGUUUUGUGUUUAUGCACAAGAUUUCCACCCUGGUGGUUUGUUUUACAAAUGGUGAGCACCCCAGAUCAACACUUCAUUUUCUGACUCGAUUUCAAUACAAAUCAUAAUCCCUGAUAUGACCUUUUGUAAUCUAUUGGUCGUUUUGAUUAAUUUUUCAUAACAUUACCUUAUUUGUUGUAGGUUUUAAUUUUUGCGCCUUUUUUGUGGCUUAUCAUGGCUUCACUUAAAGCCAAAAGAAAGUUGUGGGAGAAAUGAAAGUUUCUUUCCCAUUUUUGGUAGGCAUUAAUGGCCAAUCGUCAUCAAAAUUGUAUCCCAGAGAAUGGGGACAAGUUUACCUCUUUUGGCGUCACAAAUCUUUUGUCUGCAAUCUUUUGUUUGCCAUGAUAGCACGUGUAAAUUGCAAUUGACUAUACUUAUAUCGGUGUUGUUUACGUGUUUUGUUUUGUUUUGUUUUGUUUUCGUACAGAAAGCAGCUCAGUGAGUAUUUACCAGCAAGUGUUCUUAAGCAGAAAAAGAGGAGCUCUGCCACAACAUCAGAAGGCAAAAAGGAGGUGCAUAACAUUUCUUUUACUUUAUGCUUCUGCUGUAUCUGUCAGUAAAACGAGAAGGGCGUAUAUUUUGUCCAUGGUGUAGGUUUUAUCUUCUUUAUUGCCUAAACAGGGUAAGUGGCCCUCCAGUUCCUGAAAACGGGCCAAGUGCCUCUCCUUAGGAGGUUAGACAAUACGCUUAACAUGACUUCGAGGCUUUCUGGUCAUUUUUCUAUAUCUGGUUUGGUUUUCUUUGUGCUCAAGUUUCUAUGGGAAUUGUGAGACAAUGGAGUCGUGAAAAAGUUGCAGUUUGUUGACGCUAAAGCCUUGGAGUCAUGUUAGAAUUGUAAAUAAUCGAACUUGGGCUUUUAGAUAAAACUUGAUUGCUUGGGCAACGAAGAAUAGUCUUUGUUUGACUCCUACUAUCCUGUUCCAGGCGUUCAGAUUGUGGGGACGGUGCAAAGAGAUGUCAGCAGGAAAAACAGCGAGGGGGUGGGGUAGGGAAUUAGCCCUUUUUUCUGUCGCUCUCUGACUUCGCGCCACACUCCACUGCCAGAACGUCUGAAAAAGGCUAGACUCGUACAAAUUGUUCAGAAAAGUUAAAAAUUAAUGAAUGAGAAAUUUUAUUUAGAUCUUAGGAGGUGGCGGUUAGGUUUAGAUAUUUGAGUAUUGUUUUUCUUUCUAAUGCUUUGGUCUUUCUGGAAUUAAUUAGAGUACUGUUGGAGUAACAGCUAAAUCGGAUGGUGGUAAAGCAGAUGUGUCGCUUGAUUCAACACUUAAUGCCAGCGAUUUGAGCCUGGAUACCACUACAGAAAUCAUUGAUGGUGCUGAUUCGACAAGCGGAAACGAAAACAAUGAACAAACAGGUAAAGCAACCGUCUCCUACUGGGAGCUAUGUUAGAAACAAGGUGGGAACUGGAGCCGAAAUGCGUCCCGCAAUUGUUUCUGGGAUUGUUACUGGCGACGUGCCAGUCAGCUAUUGGCCAAUUUUUUUUUGCCUGUCCGCCGUAACAGUCCCAGAAGUCUUUGCGGAAGUUAACUCGGUCCAGACUCCCUCUCGUUUCCAUAGUGGCGAAUGGAAGCCACGUGACAUGUCAACAUUCCCUUUCUAUAUUACCGUGUUUUCUCUUGAAGCCCGGCGUCAAAUCGCGAAAAAAUAACUCUAACUUUAGUAAAAAUCGUCGAUAUUAUAUAGUUAAGAUCACAAACCUAUCAAAUCAUUAAAUUCGCUUCACACCACUUGACAGAUAUCCAUUUAUCCCUCAGUGCACUAGAGUAAGCCUUUGCGUCUGGAGCAUUCAAAAAUUUCCGCCGUUCAAAUGAGAAGGCAUUCUUGAUCUUUUAUAACUUCGUGUUCUUUCGUAGCAGUUGUCAGUAGUUCAGAUGAUAAAAAAGUGCCGCCUGUGGUGCCUGCCUUUACAGCCCCCGUGUCAACAGUUGGUGAAGUGACGUCAUCAGAUACAACUGCAGUUCCUGCUGAGCCGUCAGCGGUUUCACAGGACAGGGUAUGCGCUUUAAAAAUGACUUGUAACUUUGAGCUAUGUUUUUAUGGUUGCAAUUUUUUUUCCUUUUCUUUGUAACUUCUCCCUUUUUUUCAGCCUACUGGAUUGAAGCGACCUAGUUCUCCUAAAGAAUCCGAAAAAGAGAGCAAGAAACCUCGAUUGGAUAACGCCGAAAACUCGGUUUGUUGUUAUUAAUAUUGUCAAUUCUCGUGUUUUCUCCUCCCCAAAGAUCGGGUAACUUGACACAGAUAGGUUGAUUGUGCUUUUACUAAGAUUCAUUUCCCAACUUAUUGUGGCUGAACAGUCUUUGAAGCAGUCAAUCGCUGUUGAGAAUGCCUUGUCCAUUCAUAGUACGAGCUGCUGAUAAUUAAAAUAGUCAAUCAUAUCUCAAAUCUCAAAGCAAAUGCGUGUGACCGGCACCCAGCGCUGGAAAUUUCUGUGGACAACUCGCUGUUGAGAGUACCUUGGCCAAUAAUAACAAGAGCUGGUCAUUAAACUAACCAAUCACAUCUCAAAGCAAAUGCCUGUGACUAGCGCCAAGUGCGGUAAAACUGCUGUGAGCAACUCACUGUUGGUCCUAAGUGUUUAUUUUUGAUUUGAAUGAUGAAUGAUUUGUGAAUGUGAACAUAAUCUUCCCAGUAGAAUGAAAAACCUAAGUUGCUGAAAAAGAACCUGAGCGUUACGUCCAGUUAUCGCAAAGGUCAGGGUUCGGUUCUCGGUCAAGCCUGAAUUUUUUCAGGCUUUUAGUCACCCGCUUAGGUUAUUCACUGCUGCGAAGAUAAUUUUCACUUUCAUUUCUUGAUCCGUAGUUCAAAAAUAUGAUUCUUUUCACAUAUUCCAAUUAAGGAUUAUUUUGUUCCGUUACUUGAAGGCGGUCAGUUCUGUUGAUUCGAUUAACGGUGAAAAUGCAAGGAAGCGGCCUAACUCUGCUGACGGUGACGGUCCACAGAAAAGGAUAAAGUUGGAGCCAAACAAGGCGAGUUUAAUUCUUUGUGUAGAAUUUGUCAGAAUGGCUAGGUGGGAGAAAAAGAAAAGCUUGCUCUCACUCAUAAAACCGUUUGCUCUAACCUGGACGAGAAGCAGAUCUGUUAGAAAGGGUGACAAUGAAAGAUGGAGAAGCAUCAGUAACAGUAAAAUUUGACCUUGGAUAUUCCAGAGAGCAUCUCACGACAGAAAAAGGUUCCGAAGCGAAGUCUAACCUGACCAAAAGACCUUCGAACUUUGAUCCAUCGUUACUUUUACCCUCGUAGCUCUCACCAAGGAAACGAAAAAGCGUGGUACAUGAAUACGAGAACGCUUCAAAUUCCCACAAAUUACAGAAGUCUUGUCUGUUGAUAUGCCGUUAAUCAUCUGAUCUUUCCCAGGACACUUCAAACGAAGAGGAAGAAGAAAAAGAAGAUGGAAUGACCGAGGAAGAAUUUAAAGAAACUGAAGUGUAUAAAUUGCUUAUGAACGACAUUGAUAUUAAAUUUGGGACGAUGGUAAACUUUUUAUUGCCCCACCCUCCCCCCACCCCUCCCCUUCCAUGUUCUGGCCUUGAAACUUACAUAAGAUGUUAAGAUGUCUCUCCUCUAGUGAGUGAUUUAGAGUAGCAGAGAGAGAGACUAUCAUGGGUAGACUUGUUGAAAGAUUGUGGCGUUGCUAUUUCUGGUAUUGGUUCUUGUUCUUUUGGCUAGUUACAUAUUUGAUUAACAAAAACAGUGUUUGUAAACAGUCUCCUACUUGAUGCGUUCCAUUACCCUGUUACCUUUCUUUAUUAGUCUUCAGGUGAAUCGUCAAGUACAGAAGGUGUAGUGGAUGGAAACACAAGCAAACCGACCGAGGUAAGUGAUCUGAACAUCCAAUAA